GGUUUUUUUUAUGUUUUACAUUUUUAUUCCUAUUCUUGUGUUUCACAUUUAUACACUGUUUGUGUGUGUGCAUCUGCAUUCUUUAUGGGAUUCCAAAUUCACAAAUGAUGAGACAAGCCAAGCAUAUAUAAACGUGUAUGGUAAAUGUGAUUCAUGGGAAUAUUUUUUUUUCGUUUUCGUUUUCGUUUUGUUUUCUGUUUUCUGUUUUUUUUUCUUGUAUCAUCAUCAUUUAUCUAUAUCUACCAUUCAUUCAUUACACUUAUAAUACAAUUACGCUGUUAAUGUAAUGAAUCCAUCAAAGAAUGCCGUUCCAAUUGAAACAUUCAUUAUUUGUUAUUAUUAAACGAUCGAAUAUGAUGGCUAUUUUUUUGAUGAUUAUUAUUAUGAUGAUGAUCGAUACAUCUUAUUCAAUGCGUAAUAGAUCAAAUCGUACUCGUUGUGUAUUAUAUGGAAAUCAACGAAGAUGUUUAAAUGAUGGUUCUUCUGGACAUAAUUAUCAUCGUAACCAGAAUAAUCAUAAUCCCAAUGAAUGUAAUCGAUUUAAUUCUAAUAUUGAUAAUUUCAAUUUCAAUGAUGGUGACGGUGAAAAUAAUCAACAAUCAAAUUGGCGAAAUAGAAUGAAUAACAAUAAUAAUGGUACGAAUCGACCAUUGGAUUCAUGGCCUGGACAAAAUCAAUGGAAUUCGAAUCGAAUGAAUAAUAAUAAUAAUAAUAAUAAUGGUGGUGGUAAUUCUAAUCGAAAUAAUGGCUACGGUGGUGGGAACUCAUCAAACCAGAAUUCUAAUCAAGCAAAAAACAAUAUGAAUAACCAGAAUAAUGGUGGUAAUUCUAACAACAACAACAACAACAACGGUAAUAAUAAAGAGGUCACUACAACUGAAGCAAUCAAUGAUAUUGAAAAAUUUUUAGUUGGUCGAAGGCGUCGUCGAAGACGUCGUCGUAAUGCAUUGUGGAUGAAUCCAAGCCUUUAUAUGAAUCGUGCAAUUGGUCGUAGUUUAUCCAAUGGCUAUAUUCAUAAUAAAGAUGAUGACAAUGGUGAAAAUGAUGAUGAUGAACAUAAUAAUGGUAUGAAUGAUCAUGGACUUUAUGAUCAAAAUAAUGGUAAUAACAACAAUCAUCGUCAUUUUGGUAACAAUAAUCGAUUUAGUGGAAUUCGUACUAGUGGUAUUCGAGAUUAUUGGGAACGUAUUGGUUCUGGUGAUCGUAAAGAUCAUCAUCAUCAUCAUCAACAACAACAACAGCAGCAACAACAACAACAACAACAACAGCGAGAUCGACAACGAGAUUCAUCAUCAAUGAUGAAUAAUCAACAAUAUCCGAUUCGGCCAUUUUUUUCAUUACAACAAACACGAACAACAUUUCCAUUGUUUAGACGUAAUAUUCGUUUAUUUUGAUUUUAUCAACAGAUUCAAUAAUGAUAAUAAUCAUAAACUAUCAUAAAAAUCAUACACUCCAUUGAACAUAAUAAUUACAACAAUUAAAAUCAAUUGUAAUCAUCAUCAUCAUCAUUAUCAUCAUCAUUGAACUCUUAAUCGCAGUAUAUUUUGUUU